CACGGCUUGUCAGCCAUCGGUAAUGAUUCUUCAAGGCCCUUCGAAAGUGACAUCGUAUCUACACUUUAAUACAUAUUUUUUCCUGUACCACAUUUCUUGUUCCAAAGCAACUCGUUCGACGUUAAUCGCGUCGUCUGCUGCCAGUGCCUUCAGAGUCCACGUGAUCGAUGUGCGGAGUUUCUAUCGGACUCAAAAAGAAAGUUAAACAUCCGUGACGCGUGACGUGUCCAAUUCGUCACAUAUAAAAGAGGUUCCACCAACGCUGAAAAAUGCUUCGUAGAGCAUUGCCAUAUGUGGUCGCGACGGUGACGGCGUGGGUGGAUACAGGCGUUGUGUCGGGAGUGUACAUCUUCAAACCUAUCUUUCUGAACGAACAAGUUGCUAGCCCAUUUAAUGCUCCGGAACAGUUGACUGCCGCACCUGCAAAGCAACCCCAAAACAACCAAGUACCUGAGAAGGGCCGCGAAUGA